AUGGGGGAUGAAAACCACACUGGGACAAUUCAGUUUCACUUCCGUCCACUCUCAACCCUCCCUAACAUGCAGUGGCUUAUUUUUGUUGUCUUUCUGCUCCUGUACCUGCUCAGUCUCUGUGAAAAUACUGCCAUUGCCCUAACUGUCCUCAUCCACCACUCCCUCCAGACACCCAUGUACUUCUUUCUGGGCAAUUUGGCAGCUCUGGAGAUCUGCUAUGCCUCUGUCAUUGCUCCCUUGGCCCUGGCUAACCACCUGCCUGAGAGGAAGGCCACCAUCUCCCUCAAUGGCUGUGGCACUCAGCUGUUCUUCUUCAUCUUCCUGGGUGGGGCUGACUGCAUGCUCCUGGCUGUCAUGGCGUUCGACCGGUACAUAGCCAUCUACCACCCACUACGCUACACACUCAUUAUGAGUCGAAAGGUCUGCAGGCACCUUAUAGCUGGGUCACUGGUACUGGGUUCCUUCUUUGCCCUGCAGUUUACCAUAUUGCUUUUCCAUCAGCAAUUUUGUGGUAACGAUGAAAUCAACCACUUCUACUGUGAUGUAAUGCCUAUGUUACAGCUUGUGUGUGGCAACAAAGAGAGCCUUGAGGCCAUUGUUUUUGCUGCUACCUUCAUAACCCUGACUGUCCCCUUUCUCAUGAUCUGCAUCUCCUAUGUCUUCAUUAUGGCUGCCAUCCUGCAGAUCCGCUCUGCAGUCAGCCGUCACCAUGCCUUCUCCACCUGCUCCUCCCACCUGAUUGUCGUUCUCCUGCAAUAUGGCUGCAGCAUCUUCAUUUACUCUCACACCAGUUCCACCUACUCCCCAGAACAAGGCCGAGUGGUGUCUGUAAUCUACACCUUUAUGAACCCUGUACUAAAUCCCCUGAUUUACAGUAUGAGAAACAAGGAGCUAAAGGAUGCCCUAAGAGUGCUGUGGAGGAGAGUACUUUUCCAAAGGAAGUGA